CUGAUGUAGCUUUAAGUGGAAUUUCUUCGGAGUUUACAGCAGGGAUUCGUGUUGUAUACGGUAUGAGGGCAUACGUUUGACAUUUUGAUUGCUACGUUGACACACGGGAAGAGAACGUGUGACAUAAAGCUACAUAUCAGCAAGGCUACCACCGAAAAGUGCUAUGAAAUCGCGGAUCGAAAGGAAUUAAUUUAAAUAAUUUCGAACAGAUUUCAGUUAAAUACCGACCUAACUGAUGUUGGAACCGACCCAUGGAACAGAGGUCGUCACGGCUUUGGUUAGAGUUGUAGUAAUCGAUUGUUUCAGUUUCUACCGUGUGUUGCAACUCGAAAUUUGCCUCUCGUCAAGCGAAUCAACAGUGCCUAAUUUCAAUCAAGAAUGGGAAACACACGCAUCGAUAAGACAGGAUAAGCCAUCUUCAAACGAACUCGCGUGCACUGGAGUAAACAAAAGCGAUAUUUCUGUCGAAAAUUUCUCAAAACCAAGAUAAUAUCCGUUGGAACUCAGUUAGCCGAUCACACAUUCCACUCGGCCAUGCAAUGCGAUGAGCGACCGUCAAAAAACAUGGAGGUCGACGUCUACGACGGGCGCAUUCGUGGAAGAAAUUCUUCACAAGUAUAAUUGCUAUUCGGAAACCGAUAAUUUCUUCUCAAGAAUGUCUAGUCAAGCCUUGGCCGAUCGAAUAGCGUCAUUGAAAGGACACGUUUUCUCCAAUACAAACAGUCAUUCCGACAACUGCGAUCAAACCAAUAACUGCGAAGGAGGCGAAAUUGACUUAUCAAAUAAUACCCCUCCCUUGAGGCAGCGUAUGUUAACUUAUGCUGAUGCAGAAAACAAUCAAAGCACCCUUCAGGCCGACUCAAGCAAGUCUGUUAAGGAAAGCGAUCAGCGUGGACAAACUAAACCAAGUUGUUGCGCUUCGAAUACGAAAACCAACGAAGACAUUUUGGAUCUCAGUGCAGAAAUCAACUCAAAUUUGGCGCUCACGAGUAGAACUCUCCCGGGGGAUGGUGAAUUUGGAUUGUCGACUCGAUCGUCAGCUUCGAGUUCCUGCGAUAAAACAGAUGAUAACGAGGAUGUAAUUUGCUUAGAUCACUCUAACCUGUUAGUGACGACCCCGGUAGUUGUAAUAACGCCGGCUGUUAUGGAGGAGUGUGUGGAUGAAGGGAAAACCAUCGCUAUGGUGGAUACGAAUGGUGAUCUUUCUGCCACCAUGUUGGCAAAAGAUUCCACUGAUACUUGCUCUUUGUCAAGUUACGGUUCUUGCUCGGAAAACGAGAUCCUUACCGACGAUGAACCAUCAGAUGAUGAAAUGAGACAACCAUUGGAAGACAAAUCUGAUAAGACCCAUUCACGCUGGAAGAAAAUUCGUAGUAUGAUCCACUGGUCUCCAUUUGUACAGAACUUUAAAAAGAAGUAUCCCUGGGUGCAGUUAGCUGGACAUCAAGGGUGUUUUAAACCAGGAGAAAAUGGCACAAUUCUAAAGAAAUCCACAGACAAAGAGAGAGAAUGUCUUGUGAGGCUAAUGAAAGACAUUUUGAGACCUUAUAUCCCUGAAUACAAGAAAGAAGUUAACAAAGGUGGAGAACGAUAUCUUGAAAUGCAGGAUUUACUACAAGAAUUUGAAACUCCAUCUGUCAUGGACUGUAAGAUGGGAACAAGAACAUACUUAGAAGAUGAAUUGGCGAAGGCAAAGUCAAAACCCAGAAAAGAUUUGUUCCAAAAGAUGGUAGAAGUAGACCCCAGUGAACCCACUGAGGAGGAGAAGAGGGAAGGUGGAAUAACCAAGCCACGUUACAUGCAGUGGAGGGAGCAGCUGAGUUCAACUUCAAGCCUGGGUUUCAGGAUUGAAGGAAUUAAGAAAGGUGAUGAGAAGCCCAACAAAGAUUUUAAGAAAACAAGAACAAAAGAAGAUGUUGAUAAAGUUUUUACAGAGUUUAUUGGUGAUGAUGAACAGAUAAGAAAAAAAUAUAUAAGACGACUAAAAGCUAUAAGAGCAACUUUAGAAUCUUCACCAUUCUUUCGCUCUCAUGAGGUGGUUGGUAGUUCACUGUUAUUCGUCCAUGAUGCAGAUGGCCGGGCCAGCGUGUGGAUGAUUGAUUUUGGUAAAACCACCCCACUUCAAGAUGGAAUGUGGUUGAAUCACAGAACACCUUGGGAGGAGGGCAACCAUGAAGAUGGUUACUUAUGGGGUUUGGACAACAUGGUUGACAUUUGGUCACAAAGAUGAUCUUUACUCUGAAUUGUAGGAGCUUAGCUAAAAGUAAUUAUUGUUGACAAUUCUCUUUUAUAAAAUUAUAUCUGUCAAUGAAUGCAUGUGCUGUAUGUAGGUUUUGUUUCAAUGUAGACUGAGGAAUGGAAGGAAGUGGUUACAAAAGUUGUAAUGCUUACCAAGAAAGUCAUAGAAUGCAUGCUUUGGUGUAAAAAUGAUAUAAAAUCAUCAUACUUAUAGUAUGUUGGAGGGGCCCUAUGCUUUUGGUAGUAAAGUUCAAACAAUCAAUAUUUUUAAGUUCUUAAAGCAGAAAAGUAGUGAAAAUCAUGGAAUUGUGAAUGCUGUAAAGACUGCAAAACCUGUUGUCAAAGGUUAUUACAACUAACAUUUCAUGUUGGUAGACUGUCUUAUUGUUUAGGAGUGAGAUCAAAGGAACAAAAAAAAAUUACUGUUCAGAGAUGGCCUUAGAGAGAGGAAAAAUAUAGAAAUAGACUGUAGAAUUCUAUGAACUUUUAGAGCUCUUCCAUCCCAAACCUUUGUGAAUCAGGCAAUCCAGAAGGAAAUGUUUACAUACAAUCUGUGAAAAAAUUAUUUGACACUUGACUGUGUUAACCUUCUCCAAGGAAUUAUUAUGUCGCUGGUGAGGAGUCAACCUGUAUGCUUUAGACAGUUUCUAGAUAGUGUGCCUUGAAAACUUAUUCUGUUGUCUUAGUAACCUGAAACACUGUCAGCCUGCCUUAGAGCAGUGUCACAGUUUGAAAUGACUUGAGAAUAUUCUUUAGGUCAUAAAGCAAAAUACCAUAGGUCAUGGCUAUUUAACACAAGAAUUGUAGGAGAUAGCCAGGAAAUUUGGGGAUCUCUGAAGUCUAGUGGACAUUAAACCACAGGUUGCCAGAAUUCACAUUUUCCUUUAUUCAAUGGUGUACAUUCACAGAAAAAAAAGCCCAACAAUAUACGUGGAAGAGGGGGUGAGGCAGUAAGGGUAUUUCGUGUAGGAAGAAAAUUGCUAUGAUAAACCGAAUUUUGAAAUCUCAGUAGCAAUGUGUCAACUAGUUUUUUACAGAUUGUAGAUGAUGGACUUUGAAAUGAUGGACUAUGGAAAAUACAGGGCUGGUGUGUUGUACCACAAUACUAAAGCUGUGAUUUAGCACGUUUUACCACUUUAAUUCCAUAGAAAUAAUUUACAAUACAAUAACAAUAUCAAUACAAGCAGACAAGUGAUGAGAAUAUAGAAAAAUGUCAACGAAGGGAUUAUCAAUAACUGAUCCAAUGCCAAAUUCUCCAAACUAACAUCAUAAGAAUUGUAUGUCAGACAGUAAGGAGAAUUACCUAGGAGAUCUUAGGUGUGAAAGGUUAGGGAUGUUUACUUGUUUCCUGUUUUCCCCCAAAAUCAUCAACUGCGCAUGCUCUGUUGUAUGUUGGCUUGUUAGGCAAAAAUUUGCAGUCAUUAAAACGAUGCUAAAUGCUAGUCAAUUUAGAAAAUAAUAAGUAAGAAUAAAUAUAUUCAUUGUCAUAGUUAGUUUGACAAGGGAUUUCAGUUGUCCAGGGAAGAUUGUUUAACAUCAUCAGUACUCAACCAGCUAUAGGCUGUUUCCUUCACUGUUGAUGUUUUCAAAGUGUUAGUUCCCAAGUGGAAUUUCAGUCACUGUGAACCACAAACAUUUGCUUCAGUAGAACUGAUGCUAAUGUUGAUGGCUAUUAAAACCACUGCAAAAUUUUCAUGCUACAUAGUGAGUCAGAGACCUCUUACAAUUGACUCAUGGCCUCUUUACCCUGCCUCAUCCUUACUUUUUGUUCAGGAAAGGGGCACUCUUAAAUAGGCUAAAGAGAUACUGCAUUUUUAGAGAUAACUCAGUCUGUCUCUCAAAAUAGUCCAAAGUAAUUCAAUUUACAGUUUCAUUUAUUUACAAGAUGUACAUUGUCUAUUUGAAAAGUGGUCAAACCAACUCUGUCAAGAAUAUAUUUCCUAGUCUGUAACUCUGACCUCUUAUUUAAAACGUUAGCAUUUUGGUUUACUGUGACUGAGUGAUCUAAUACUCUGACUUGUAAAUAUCUAUUGCUCAUUAACUGUGCAUGUGAUAAAUGAAGAUAUGUACAUUGUAUAUUAACAGUUAAUGUUGAAAUUCAGGGCUGUUUUUUUUGUCCACUUUUUUGUUACAAGGUGAUUAUGUUAAAUUUCAGUCACUGUCAUGAUGUAACGACCAUUAAAUUUUUUUUG